AUGGCUCCCACCACCGACUCGGCACCCCCGACCACCACAACACCCGCCUCGUCCAACCUGACCCCGACCCUCUUCCGCCGACUCUUCCCUCGACCCUACCUCGAGCGCUUCCUCGACCAGGGCAUCAGGCCAGACGGCCGCACCCUCGACUCGAAACCCAAAGCCGCUCUCUGCUGGAGGGACCCGUCCGCCAACACCGGCUCCGUCUCGACUGCACCAUCCUCGGCCCUCGUUCGCCUCGGCAAGACGUCGGUUGUCUGCGGCAUCACCCUCGAGAUCGCCGCGCCGGACCUCACUCGACCAAACGAGGGCUUCAUCGUGCCCAACAUCGACUUGAGCCCGCUCUGCUCGCCCCGGUUCCACCCUGGUCCGCCUUCUGACGAGGCGCAGGUCCUCUCGGCGCGCCUGCGCGACAUCAUCCUCUCGUCCAACGUCCUUCCGCUAUCGUCCCUCGUCAUCGAGCCGGGCAAGGCCGCCUGGGUCGUCUACCUCGACAUCGUGUGCCUCAACUUUGACGGCGGCGUCCUCGACGCUGCAGUGCUCGCGGCCGUCGGCGCGCUCCGCAGCUUGCGGUUCCCUCAAGCAGCGCUCGACCCGGACACGAACGAGGUCGUGUGCGAGCGCGUUUCGGAUGCGCAUCCGGGGCAGCGGAUAGCGCCCGCGAGCGAGCCUUUCUGCGUCUCGUUCGGUGUCUUUCACGGGCACCUCCUUCCCGACCCGACCCUGUUCGAGGCCGAGCUGUGCUCGACGCAGUUCACGGUCGUCGUCGGCGCGGCACCGACGGGCUCGCUCGCCAAGGCGCCGCUCCUGCACGUGUACCAGGCCGGUGCGCCGCUCGACCGGGCGCGCGAGACGGUGGGCGAGUGCGUCAGGCUCGCGAGGGAGAGGGCGGCAGAGCUGAGGCGGGUCGUCGACAUGUAGAGACUGCCGUGCACUCGAGCAUUGUUGUACUGCU